CGAUUGACAGUGAAAAGCUCUUACUUGCUGUUAAUGAAAGCAAGAUAGGCAUUUUUGUUUUCGUGUUUCAGCAUGGCUUCACGAAUACCAUUUCGGCACUUAUUUGCGGCCAGAUCGUAUUUUGUUUGUUCACAGUCAGCCGAAACCACCGUUUGUUUGAGAGGAAAUCUUGGCAACGUUCGUGGGUUUCAGAACGUUCCAUACUUGCCGAGACAAGCUACGUCUGUGGAUGUCGAUUUUUACCGAAGCAAAGCGAAGACUUUGAAAACGGAAAAAAAUUCUGGUGCUUCAUGGAAGAAACCUUCAGUUGCUUCAUCGCAGAAACUUCGCCAAGGAAGAAAACCGAGGGGGUCUGAGCUUGGUCAACGGUUUGAUUCGAUGGAAAGAUCUUCCUUUAACCAGCGAAAGCGCUUCAGCUCGCCACGAAGAAGCGAGUCUCCCCAUACAAACACACACAGCCGUAGGCCCUUUCAGACUGAGCGGUUUGGCCGUGCAACACAAGCUUCAAAGCCAUCAUACGCAAGAUACAGAGGUGCCGAGGGGCCUCAAAUCGGUGUACAAGACCACUAUCGUGCGAGCACACAAAGUCGAAAGCCAUUUCGGGCUGAGCGAUCUGGACGUACUACACAAGCUACGAAACCAGUAUACACAAAGUACAAAGAUACUGAGGCGCCGCGAAUUGUUCGACAGGAGCGUUCUCGCGCACAACCACCAAACCGUAGACUAUCUCCGGUUGCGCGGCUCGAUCGCGCUUUACUAGCUAUAAAACCAAAAGACGGCGCAGAAAGAAAGCCUCGUGCGACCCCGCAGAUUGUGCGACGGACACGCCGGUUCCCGCCAAAUCAGCUGGAUGUGGAAGUUACGUGCCACCCAGGCCUCGAGACAGUUCUGUCUCAAGAACUUGACGCACUUGGUAUUGCUCAUAAGAUAGAGCGGAAUUGUGCAGUAUUGACUAACGCGAAUCUGGACACGAUCCUGAGUUGUCAUCUGUAUCUUGGCAGUGCAUCACAGGUGCUUUUACAGUGCGGAACUCCCUUUACCGCUCGAGGACUGCCUGAAUUGCAGAGAAAAGUCGAAAAGUUGCCGUGGAAGAAUUUGAUAAAAACGGACGCAGAAGUACAAGUCAAAGUACAGGCAACCUUUAAAAGCAAGCUGUUGCACAGCACAGCAAUUCGAGAUAGAAUCAUUGAUGGCAUUAAAUUGAGCUUAGGCGUUUUGAAGAAAAACCCGGAAUCUGAUUCGAGUAAGUCUUUGGAAAGAGUUCCACUGAAGGUACCCCAAGAAAGCAAGGGCCCCAAGAACGAGGACGGCAGCCAAGGUCCCGCAGUAGCCUUGACGGUGCGUGUCAUGCGUGAUCAAGUCUACUUGUCCCUAGCAACGUCGUUGACGCCUCUCCACCAGCGCGGCUAUCGCCUAGAAAGCGGCAAGGCACCCUUGCGUGAAGAUCUAGCCUACGCCAUGCUAUACAACUCUGGAUGGAAGCCUCCCUCAGCUGCCCGUGGCGAAAGCGAUACCAUUGCAUACGAUGCUUUGGUGGAUCCGUUUUGUGGUUCGGGUACUAUCGCCAUUGAGGCGGCCUGCAUGGCCGCCGGGUUGCCACCCGGCCGUCUCCGUUCGGCUCCACUAGAAGGAACCCUCUUUUAUGAUCCGGCCAAGUGGUCAAAAAUUGUCAUGAAGUCAUUGCGUGAAAGUUCUUCCCAGACAAACGAAACUAAGAUAGUCUGCUCGGAUCGCAAUGCUGGUGCGGUAAAGAUUGCGAAGGCGAAUGCCAAACGAGCCGGCAUCCCGGAUAUGCUGGAUAUUCAAGAGUGCGCGUUUACGAAGCACCCGUGGUUGGAUGUGUACCAGAAGGGGGUCAAACCCCGGUCCCUCUUGAUCGCGGGUAAUUUGCCUUUUGGACAGAGAAUUUCCCCGUCGAAAAGCUCGUCCUCAAAGAAGAAGCCGCAGUUUCUGCCGUUGUACCAAAGCUUGUCCACGAUUGUGAAAUCGUAUGGCGAUCAGUCGAAUGGUGGGACUUGCAAUAUCGUGCUGCUAACCAACGACUGGAAUUUGGUGCAACGUGGUGCUUUUCCAGGUUCUGUGAAACAGGGUCUGGGAUUCAAACACGGAGGAAUCGAUGUGUCUACUGCAUUGAUUAAUUCGUCGAGCGGCGAAACCGAGGACAAUGAGUCAACGGAAAAACAGCCACAAAAAAUCAUGGACUAG